GGCCUCCUUCCUCUAACCGAUGGCCUGUUCCGGGAACGGUUCCGGAGUUUGCAGCUAAACGAUUAAGGGACACCCCAGCAACAGAGAGGAAGAUCUCCAGUUGCAGCCUCCCCAACACGGUCCCACAAGUGCCUCUAACUUGGAACCGCGCACGUUACCCGCAGCGGCGCGGAGCGUAAGCCGGGCGCGUGCUCGGGCGCGCGCUCGGGCGCGCUCACGUCCCCCCGCCCCUGCCGCACGCAGUCCUUCCUGAGGACCACCUGGUUGCGCUGCUCCCACGCCACCCGGAACCUACAGUUAUUCCCUGGAAGGCGGAGGAGAAUCGGUAGACAGGGAAGAGCCGCGACGGUAGCGGAGACUGCCUCGCACGCCCCGGAAGAGAAGGGGAGGAAGGCGGGGUUAGGUGAGGGAGCGCGGAGUAAGUGAGCAGGGAUCUGAUCGCGGUUCAGAUUCGAACCAGUCUCAUCGGCCAGGUCCCCCCCCCCCCCCCCACCUCGAGCCGGUUACACCGGACCCGAAGAGGACGGAGCGAUACAGAGGUUCGCACUGGGCGAGGACACAUGGCCUCUCCAUUCCUGUCCGCGGGGACCACCACGGGCGACAGCGGCGGGGAGCUGAGCUCGGGGGACGACUCUGGGGAUGUGGAAUCGCUGCAGAGCCCCGAGAGCUCCAGGAGCCUGACGGAGCUGUUUGAGAAGGCUGCGGCGCACCUCCAGGGCUUGAUUCACGUGGCCAGCAGGGAGCAGCUCCUCUACCUGUAUGCCAGGUACAAGCAGGUCAAAGUUGGAAAUUGCAAUACUCCUAAACCAGGCUUCUUUGAUUUUGAAGGAAAGCAAAAAUGGGAAGCAUGGAAAGCCCUUGGUGAUUCGAGCCGGAGCCAGGCAAUGCGGGAGUACAUCGCAGCAGUUAAAAAGCUGGACCCCAGCUGGACCCCUCAGACGCCAGAGAAGAAAGGAAAAGAAGCAGGUACUGGAUUUGGCGGACCAGUUGUUAGUUCUCUGUAUCAUGAAGAAAUCAUCAGGGAAGAAGAUAAAAACAUCUUUGAUUACUGCAGGGAAAACAACAUCGACCAUAUAUCCACAGUCAUCAAAUCGAAACACGUGGAUGUGAACAUGAAAGAUGAAGAGGGCAGAGCUCUGCUCCACUGGGCCUGUGAUCGGGGACACAAGGAACUAGUUACAGUCUUGCUACAACACAGAGCUGAUAUUAACUCUCAGGACAAUGAAGGUCAAACUGCUCUACAUUAUGCUGCUGCCUGUGAGUUUUUGGACAUCGUGGAGCUGCUGCUCCAGUCCGGCGCCGACCCCACCCUGCGGGACCAGGACGGCUGCCUGCCGGAAGAGGUGACAGGAUGCAAGGCCGUGUCUUUGGUGUUACAGCAGCACACGGCUGGCCAGGCUUAGACAGAAAGACUGGGAGGCACCGUCCAACAGCAUCGGGCAUCGGCGACAAAAGAAAACUGGGAAAACAAUGCUGCUUUUACCACCCAUCUCUGCUGUCUGUCUGCUAAUAAAACCGGUUCUGAGGAUCGGGGAUUUUGAAGUCUCGGCGGUUCAUUCUACUUGCAUGCCCUCCGACCAGUACAGCUUUGGUGCUGAGCAUGUGCACCGUGCGUAAUGCGAUAGGCUCUGCUGAGCGAGCUGUGAAAUGUAUCACUGCAGUCGAGGGUCAGGGGAGGAGACACAUCGUAUUUUACAGCAUUAAACAUGGCUGCCCUUUUAAGGAACUUACAGAAGCAAAACAUGACUGACAGUUCGACACUGACAAUGGGGGGAAGUUCCUUGAAAUCCUGGAGUGGGGGUGACGUGAUCUGGUGGCAUUUUGGACAGUGGGUCCUCAUAGGGAGCUAAAAUGUCCAGCCUCUUGGCAGACAGAAUUGGGGGAGAUAGGGAAGAAGAGGGGUGUUAAGAAAGCAAAAGCAAGGGCACAAUUUUAUCACAUCAGGGUAUAGAAGUCAGAGGAAAACCUCGAAACCUUGGGCAUUUCAGAGUGAUUUAGUGACCUCACUGUAGGUUGAAACACAGGGUCUGGAGUCCACUUCACGGUCAGGACACCUUACUCUCACCCUCACAUGGCAGGGAGGAGUUUCCCUCGACUCCUCCCCUGCCAUGUGGCCUUCUAAUUGGCUGCGACAUCCCUGUCACUGAUGGUGGCAGUCUGUGUAUGAGCUCGGGCCUGAACUGUUGAGCCUCUUUGGGUCUAAUGUGAAAUAGCCAUAAUGCCCAGUCCUUAGGGGUGACUCGGGUUAUUUCUGGAUACCAGGAGAGCAUCCGUUUUUUACCAAAAGCAUAGACAAGUAGAGCACAGUUUUUGUGAAUGGACAGACAAGUCUGCCCACCUUGAAACCGGCUCGUAAACUUCUCCUUUAAGCCUAAAGAAGCCCAUCUGGGGGGUUUCAUGACAUUUCUUACUGUAUAAGGAAAGGAGACAAGCUGUGAUGGGGGAAAAAAUGAAAUAAGAGGUUGAGGUGCAAACAUCGCCACUUAGCAGUAAUUUUUCUAAUGUGUCCCCGUUAAGUAACAAGCAGCCAGCUCUCUUAGUGGAGUCCCCGGCCCUGGCAGGAGUUUCUGCAGCUCCAGCCGACCUGUCGGAAAGGGGCUCACCAGGCCCCUCACAGCAGAAGUGAGACACGGGUGUGCCGCUCGCUGUGGGACUGUUCUAAGCAAACUUCCUGUUUUCUGAGCUGUAAGCCGCACCAUUCCCCAAACUCUGCAUUUGUUCUAGUGUCUGUGGACGUGACCUGCGGGUUAGUACAGGCUGAAGUGGUACUGCGCAGCCACAUCGCAGCCUGCUAUUUAGCUGAACACUCAUGGUCCACAUUACCUGAGUGGGUUUAAGAAGCCUCUUCACUAGUUACAGUAAAAGUGCCUGAGACGUCGCGUGCAGCUUUCUACCACUAGUGCGGCUGACCCUGGAAUGCCACGGGUUUGAACCACGCAGGUCCACUCACACGCAGGUUAUUUUUCAGUGAAUACUACAAAUGUGUUUUCUCCUCCUUAUGACAUUUUCUUUUCUCUAGCUUAUUUUAUUGGAAGAACCCAGUACAAAAUACAUAUAACACACAAAUGGCAUGUUGACUGGCUGUGUAUGUUAUUGGAAAGGCCCCCGGUCAACAGCAGACUGUUAGGAGUUAAGUUUUUUGGAGGCGAUAGUUACACCUUGGUUUCUGAUGGCAGAGAGGGCUUGGCGCCCCCACCCCGUGCGCCAUUCAAGGAUCAGCUGUUCUUUGUGUAUUUUCAGGGCAUUAGCAAAUCAAAGAGUGUUUAUUCAUUUCAGAUGUACAGGGUAGUUAUCCGAGCAAGGAACUAUCAAGAACCCCUUUUUCCAUCUUUCCUUUGUAAUUUGAUCGUGCUGUUUCCUAGACAAGUUGCUGUAUAGCCUGUUUUGCCACAUCUAAAACUAUAGAUUGUUCUUAAGCAAAGACUGUCACUUGGUAUUUAUUCAUUUUAUUGUGAAGGUUUAAAAUUUACACUCAAAACUAUCACUAAAAAUAAUCAAUAUUUUCAACCGUGUUUUAAAACAGGUUUUCGGAAAUCUCUUGUCGCCGGUAUCUGAAUUUUUAAAAAUUUUGCUGUCACAUUAACAAUCUGUGGGUUAUCUCCCUGAGCCUUAGGGAGAGGUUUUGUUCCCAAAUGUCAGAGAAAACCGGGUCUUGGUUUGUUUUUAUUCCCCUUAAAUGACUGAAUUGUUGUGUAGUACCUCUCACUUCAGCCAGAUGGAGAGUCCCAUUGCCCAGAGCUGCGGUCAUGCCCACGAAGCAGAGGGCACUGGUGGACUGGGGCAGAGAGCCGGCCGACUUCUGGAUGCGGGGGAAUCGCGUUUCUGUACGUUCAGCAGGACGAAACAAAGACACGCUUGGAUGCAAUGUGAGUUUCCUUCUGCUGCCAGAACUUUCCUUCUCUGGACAAACUAACGAUGUCUGAGCCAAUUAGUAUUUUAAAAUAUCAUAGACAGCCUUUCUCUGAAGGUUCAUUUCUGGUCAUGAGUCAACAAGAACUUCAUUCG